AGACUUCUUCUUCUUCUUCUUCUUCUUCUUCGUUCUUCCUUCUUCGUCGUCGUCUUCGUCGUCUUCUGUGUACAGAAAUACCUCCAUUUUAUAGAGAGCGAGCAAGAGAAACAACAAAGAGAGAGAGAUCAGAAGAAGAAACGAAAUCGUGAAGAAGGAAAAAAUUAUAGAAGAAAAUUGAAAAUUACCUAGAAGAAAACGUUUCAAUGCGUGCAUAGAUAUCGAUUUCACAUAUACUCUUGAGUGAUCUAUCCAAGUUUCUUUAAGUUAGUAGCUCUCAAUUCUUCGUUCGUGGAGAGCUUGGGAAAUUUUCGCGGAGUCUAAUUUGAUUCCUAGAUCUUUGGGUGAAAGCAAACAAGUUCGCGAAGACGAAAACUCUCGCCGUUUUUGGGAUCUGAUUCCGUUUGGAAGAUUUUUCCAGUUUUAGGUUUCGACUGGCUCUAGCUGCCAAGUGGAAUUGAAUCAUUUUAGCUGAAGAAACUUGUUCGUCCAGUUUUGGGAGUGGUUUAAAGGAAUAGGCUGAGGUGUUGCGGUAUGCAAUAAAGGUUUUUAUGAGAUGAAGGCAAUCAAGGGAUGGCGUCUAGGCAAAAUCAAUUAUAUGCAGUCUUUGCCUGGGGCUCGCCAUCGUGCUCCUACAAGGAAGCCAGUAUGGAUCAUCGCAGUGCUUUCACUGAUAGCAAUGUUUGUAAUUGGUGCUUACAUGUUCCCUCAUCACAGAAAAGCGGCUUGUUAUAUGUUUUCAUCUAAAGGGUGCAAGGGACUAACUGAUUGGCUUCCACCAUCACUGAGGGAAUAUUCGGAUGAAGAAGUUGCAGCUCGUGUAGUUAUUAAGGAAAUUUUGAGCUCCCCUCGUGUUAUAAAAAAGAGUUCUAAAAUUGCAUUUAUGUUCUUAACCCCAGGUACAUUGCCUUUUGAAAAGCUCUGGGACCUCUUUUUCCAGGGUCAUGAGGGGAAAUUCUCUGUUUAUAUUCAUGCAUCAAAGGAUACUCCGGUCCACACCAGUCGUUACUUUGUUAACCGUGAGAUUCGAAGUGACGAGGUGGUCUGGGGUAGAAUAUCAAUGAUUGACGCCGAACGACGUUUGUUGACCAAUGCUCUUAGAGAUCCUGAAAAUCAGCAAUUUGUUUUACUCUCUGAUAGUUGUGUGCCACUUCGAAAUUUUGAAUACAUGUACAACUAUAUGAUGCACAGCAAUGUCAGCUAUGUUGACUGCUUUAACGAUCCUGGUCCACAUGGAACGGGCAGGCAUAUGGACCACAUGUUGCCGGAAAUUCCAAGGGAAGAUUUUCGAAAGGGUGCACAGUGGUUCUCCAUGACGCGUCAGCAUGCUGUGGUAACUGUGGCAGAUAAUCUUUACUACUCUAAAUUUCGGGACUACUGUGGGCCAGGUGUAGAGGGCAACAAGAACUGCAUCGCGGAUGAACACUAUCUGCCAACAUUCUUCUAUAUGCUUGAUCCUACUGGCAUUGCUAACUGGACUGUGACAUAUGUUGAUUGGUCUGAGAGAAAGUGGCAUCCAAGAAAAUACAUGCCUGAAGAUGUCACAAGAGAGUUAAUUAAGAACAUCACGUCCAUUGACGCAGUUUCACGCGUAACAAGUGAGAAAACGGGAGUAGUAUCAUGGACGCAUUGCAUGUGGAAUGGAAUCAAAAGACCGUGCUAUCUCUUUGGAAGGAAGUUUCAUGCUGAUACACUCGAUAAACUGAUCGAACUCUUCUCAAACUACAUCGCAUAGGGCUUUCGAGCAAUUUUGAUUUACUGAUGAAAUGUCAUGCAAAGGAGGUAUUCUUUUGACUCGGAUUCUUUGACCAACGUUCAGUUACACCCAUGAAUCAAAUUAAAACUUGAUGCAUUAUCAUGGAACCCCAAGAAGCUGUAUCUCGCUGCGAGCAGAGAAAAUCGUGUGAUCUUGAGAAGCUAAGGAAGUGUUUUGGGGUUUUUCAUUAAGUUGGGGGACGUUGGGGCAUUUUAACUCAUCUGUUGUCACUACAUCUCAUUGUUAUUUAUAGAAUUCUCAGAGUGCCUUUUGGUUUUUCUCUCAUUUUGUUGGAACACCUUUGUUGAAAAUGAAAUGAAAACAAGACAUGAGGUUUAUACAGUUUAAAAA